AUGAGCUCUAUCUCGUCCAACCCGGAGGUCCUCGACCUCAUCGACGACCACCUGCAGGGGCAGCUUUGGGAGGACGUCAAGGAGUUCAUCUCCGCGAAUCCCGACAUCCUGGAUAGGUUGGAUAGGCAUACGCUGGCGGGAUUGGUGGAUUGGUUAAAGAAGAAAGGGAAGGCAGCUUACGAUUAUGCAAAGGAUAAGGCGACGAAAGCCGCCGAUUAUAUAAGGGAAAAACUUAAGAAGAAGACGAAGGAAGGAGAUGAAACUUCCGAGGAAGAAUCGGAGGAAAACCAGCCUGCUGCAGCCACUGCAAGCAAUCACUUCGGUGCCUCCAUCCGUGGCUGCAGGACCGUCUCCCCCGCGGACCUCACCCACCUGAAGCUCACGAUCAUGCAGGACCCGGAUGUCCUCGAUGACAUGAACGCCCACCUCCGCGACGGCCUGUGGCAGGCGAUGAAGGGCGUCAUCGCCGCCGACCCCGCGCUGAUCCACCACCUGCCGUGCAUGAGUGGGAAAUGGAUGGAUAAGAUAAGAAAUGCUGGGAGUGCAGUGGUGGGUGGAAUUAAGAAAGCCACCAAACAUGCGAACAACCUGAUCCACAAGGACCCACACGGACUUCGAAACAUGAGUACGGAGGAGAUUAAAGCACUAACUAAACAAAGGCAGGAAGAGACCGAAGCAAAUCUUGCGAAGCAUAACGCCAGACGAGAGGCGGAGAGGGCUAUUCAAGACUUAAAAAAUUCAAAGAAGUACAUGCGCAGCCCCUUCCAGCCAUGCCCCUACGACACCAUCGGCAUCCGUGUCCCGGUCUACGGCGGGGAUGGGAGGCUGAGCUCCUCGAUGCUGGACAGAUACGCUAUGCACUAG